UGUGUUGGAUUUGGCACCUGAGCUGACAGGGGAAGGAAAGAAGGAAGGGCAUUGUGGAGUGGAGAAGAGAGAACAGGGAACUUUUAUCCGCCCCUCUCUUGUUGCACGCUGGAUUCCGGUUGAUUCCCCUCUCACAGCAUUGAUCACACUCAGUCCUUUUUUUCGCGUCGGCCCUCGUCCUCGGAGACCCACCGCCAGCCAGCAUGCCUGAGACAGCCGAGGCCGUGUCGGCCACCCUGACCACCAACAGGAACUGUACCGUGGAGAUCACCAACGUCAGCAGCUUCUACUGCCUCAUCAACCCCAAGGUCCACAUGAGCAGCGGCUUCUGUUUCCACCCGCCCCAGCCCACCGUCCGCAGCACCAAGACCGAGGUCUGCUCCUUCACCAAGGACGACAACACGGCCACGGGGGCUGUGGGGGUCCUGACCUACGACCUCUUCCACAUGCAGAACCGGCUGUGCACCGAGCGCGUGGCCCUCAUGUUCUCCGUCCCCUUCGACAAGAACCUCUACAAGAACUAUCUGGGAGUCGGGGCCUUCGAGGCGGAGCGUGCCUGUGACAAGAAGCUGUACGAGCACAUGUACGAGGGCAAGGACUUCACGAUGUUCAGCCGCAUUGAGGCCGGGGCCUCGGGACUGGUGCACAGAGGGGCCCACGUGGACCUGAGGGCCACCAUGUCCAACAUGGGCCAGGCCAUACUGAAGCUGGAGCUGUACGAUAAGAUGGGCCACUAAGAGAGUCCAAACAGGUGGUGCAGAGAUUCACCGUGUAUGAAAAGACAACAGCUUUUUUUUUAAAACAUGAUGAAACAUGAACCGGAUGGAAUUGUCUUUAAGUUUCGAUGCAAUAAAACAUUUAUGUACACUAA